CUCAGAGAAUCUCGCCUCACCGUUAGGUGUGCAAGGGACUGUUUUACCUGAAGGGAUACUCGGCGUUCAAAACAAGGGAGGGGUCAAUUCGUGGUCUGAGCUUCGUGUCUAAUACAGUGUUGAAGACGGAAGAGCAACAAUGUUAACGGCGGGAGGCACUAGGAACAGCGCAUGGCCAGUUCAAGUACACUUUGUCUAUACGCGACCUGUAUGCAAAUACACAUUACACUGUUGAGCUCGACUUAGGGGUCAAAUGUCAAAGUUAUUAAGGAGUCACACAGCCCCUUACGAUUUCUCGAAUAAAUGACUCGACAAUGGCGGGGAUUAAAGGGAUCAUGAAACGCCCAAUCAUUCCCACUGGGGGCAACCACAAGGACUCCGAUGUGGACAGCAAGUCGAGCCAGUCCCCGACCAAACGCUCAGUGCACACCGAUCACAAAUUUCCCUCGCUCUUGAAAGAAGACCACCCUGGCGAACAGAACCUUCUCGGAAACAGUUUAUCAGCUAAACUCAGAAAAAACUUCCCAGGCGAAUCCUCAGUGAGGAAACCCCUCCAGCAGAAGAACAGCAGGGGGAACGUGUUCCAUCUCACCCAGACAAAGGAUGGAAUGGACCAUGAUGUGUACGAAAAGAUUCGUCGUCAACAACAGGUUAAGAAACAUGCAGAAUGGAGUCGUAGAAAACAGGAGAAGCUUCAGUCUCGACUCAUGUCUUGGGCCGUGGAUGCUGAGCGAUUCCUGCCCAAGAGCAGCCAGGGUGAACGAAAAGAGACAGAGAAUCAGGUUCCUGCUGUUGUUGGGGGGAAAAUAAAGUUUGAUGACUUCCCUAGGGGUCGGGGCAGCUCCGUGAUAAGCUAUUCCUCCUCCUUCGAUGAAGACAGUGUGAGGAUGAUGAAGAAAGACGGGGUAUUCCGUCCUGUGAACAAAUAUGGCAGUUCCCGCCUUUUGAGAGGAGCAGACGACCUCCCUUUCUCGAACACUAUCAUCGAUUAUGAAACUGUGACAUUACCUUUGAAGGAUAAAACGAGAGAACAGAAUGACGCAGAACAUUUUCGGGGGAAGAAGUGUUUAUCUGUGUCCUGGAGUGCUCAGAGCUUUCAUAAUGAUCCAAGUGACGAAAAGAAGUCGGAAAGAGACUCGAAAUCAGGCUCAGUGAAAAGUUUUAUGAGUGAACCGAUUGCAUGGAAGAGACCGACCUUUUCGUCAGGCAGGAGCAAAGUUGAAAGUGUCGGUGUGAUGUGGAAACUACCGCCUCAGAAACGGAUUCCGAGUACAACACCGCCUCCGAAGCAAGUAAAGGCGUCCAGAGACUUGACCCCAGUGACUUCCGGUCUUGAUCGAGAAGGAACUUCAACCGCAAAGACUCGCUGGCGCGUAAAGCCUUCUGGUUCUCCCGAGUCGGAUUAUGGGAUGGAAACGGUGUACAACAUCCGGGGCUCCUUGAAAGCUUUACGGCAGAUGUCGUUCCGUGGAAAAAUGUCUCCAAGAAAGAUGACCUUCUCGGGUAGGAGUUCGGAGUCUGUAUGCUGUCAUUCUGGAUGACACAUAAUAUUAUAUCAAACGGCAAGGUCAUACCACAUUGCGACAUGUCGUAAGUUGGUCUCGGUGUUACGACAAUGUAAUUUCACGACCAAUCAGUCUUAAAUCGGAAGUAACAGGAUGUUAGAGUGAAAAAGUUACGUCAGCCAUGUCAUAAGAUCACUUUGUGGAAUUAGACCAAGUACACCGGAGAAAUGGACCUCAUAUUCCCUCAAUACUCAUAAAUGAGAUUAUCAUAAUACGCAACCAUUUGUAAUGCUAACACCAUUACAGCCACACACUCCAUUUCCACAGCACUAACACAAUUACAGCCACACAAUACAUCUCUAGUAGUUACACCGGCCUAGCUACACAGUAAGCAGAUUGGCCUAGAUUCUACAUAAUCCUGUAUUCAUAUAAUACUACUUGAUCAUUGACACUAACCAAGCCGCUUAAACCAAUACUCAAUCUGCACGUUUGCCAUCUUGGGAAUUAAACAUUUUUCACAUCAA